AGAGCGCUUCCGCUUGGUUCUCCUUAGUUCUCUGAUCCCUUGGCUUCUUCGAGGCUGUCACUAGGAGGGGGUCCGAGCUCACGGCCACGCGGCCCGGGCGGGGUUGGCUUUGUCCCCUAGCUCGCAACCCCGGCCGCCGACUUUGGGACGACAUGGCCCGGGCCGGCUGCGGUCGUCCGGGCGUGAGGCCGCCUCUUGCAGCCCGCGCGCUCCUGUGGCCCCUGGGCCAGCGGGCACCGGUGUUGUCUUAAGCAGCCCCUCCGCGUCCGCGGGCUCCGCGAUCCCGGCCGCAUGGCCUCCGAGGCGCCUUCGCCGCCGCCCGCCUCCCCCGAGCCGGAGCUGGCGCAACUAAGGCGAAAGGUGGAGAAGUUGGAGCGCGAGCUGCGGAGCUGCAAGAGGCAGGUGCGGGAGGUGGAGAAGCUGCUGCAUCACACGGAGCGGCUGUACCAGAACGCCGAGAGCAAUAACCAGGAACUCCGCACGCAGGUAGAAGAGCUUAGUAAAAUACUGCGUUGUGGGAAAAAUGAAGAUAAUCAAAAGUCUGAUGUAGAAGUACAGACAGAGAGCCACGCUGCUUGGUCAAGUUCAGACUAUUACUAUCAGACAUAUUAUAAGGAUGAUAAUCUUCCCAGUAAAGAGACGGAACUGUGUGCACAGCAGAGUCCGUAUGUUCAAGCGUCUGCUCUCGACUCUAAAGCCGAGUCACGAAUAGACAGUGAGAGCUAUAGUACUGAGAUGGCAGAAAGUGUUAACCACAGACACGAGGAUCACUUCACCUCCGAUUCACAGGAGAGUGCGUCCGCAUUAGCAGAAGGCUCAGCGCUCGAAGGGUCCUCGCUCGCUGAAAGCCUGAGAGCUGCCGCAGAAGCCGCUGUGUCGCAGACCAGCUUCACCUACGACGAGAGCACAGGCCUGUACUUUGACCACAGCACUGGAUUCUACUAUGAUUCUGAGAACCAACUGUAUUACGAUGCUUCCACCGGGAUUUACUACUACUGUGAUGUGGAAAGUGGUCGGUACCAGUUUCACUCGCGCGUACAUUUACAGCCUUAUCAGACAUCCAGCACGAAACCAAGCAAAGAUAAAAAAUUAAAGAAGAGAAGAAAGGAACCAGGUUUCUGGACAGCAACUGAAGAGAAGGAUUUGAGUUCAGAAGAUCAGAAAGUCUGCAGUAUAGAAUAUAUAAAUUGCAGUGAGGAUGAAAAUUCUGGAAAUGUGAAAAAGAAGGCCAGGACAGACACUUCUCACAAAAGUAGUCCUUUACCGCUCGCUGGGGCAGUUAGUGGAGACAUGGUGGAGUCUCCUGGAGAUGAGGCUUCAGCUUCACUGAAGGAUGAGAGAGAGAGAGCGAGUGAGAGCGAGCCAGAGGAAGGCGAGAUUACAGACUCGCAGAGUGAGUGCAGUUAUGACGGAGACCCGAGCAGUGGGGACAGGCAGUCCUCAGAGGAAUCCGACGACGAGGACGAUGAGGAAAAAAUUUGGCCGCCCUGUAUUCGGGUGAUUGUCAUCAGAUCUCCAGUGUUGCAGAUGGGCUCGCUGUUCAUCAUCACAGCUGUGAGCCCAGCCACCAUCGGGAGAGAAAAGGACAUGGAACACACUGUGCGGAUCCCCGAAGUUGCCGUCAGUAAGUUCCAUGCAGAAGUUUACUUUGACCAUGACUUGCAGAGCUACGUUCUUGUGGAUCAGGGCAGCCAGAAUGGUACCAUUGUCAACGGGAAACAGAUUCUUCAGCCAAAAACUAAAUGCGAUCCUUACAUCCUUGAACACGGUGAUGAAGUAAAAAUCGGGGAGACUGUGCUGUCUUUUCACAUUCACCCUGGCAGUGAGACUUGCGAUGGCUGUGAACCGGGGCAGGUCAGAGCUCACCUUCGCCUUGAUAAAAAAGAUGAGCCUUUGGUUGGUCCAGCAUUAAGUAAGGAAGAAAAAGAGUUGGAAAGAAGAAAGGCACUAAAGAAAAUACGAGUAAAGUAUGGUUUGCAGAAUACAGACUAUGAAGAUGAAAAGGCAUUGAAGAAUCCUAAAUAUAAAGACAGAGCUGGAAAACGCAGGGAGCAGGUUGGAAGCGAAGGGACUUUCCAAAGAGAUGAUGCCCCUGCAUCUGUUCACUCUGAAAUUACAGAUAGCAACAAAGGCCGGAAGAUGUUGGAGAAGAUGGGUUGGAAAAAGGGAGAAGGCCUGGGGAAGGACGGUGGCGGGAUGAAAACACCGAUCCAGCUUCAGCUCCGGCGGACACAUGCAGGCUUGGGGACAGGGAAGCCAUCCUCAAUCGACGAUGUUCACUUUCUCCAGAAUAAGAGCAAGAAAAACUGGGACAAAGCACGAGAGCGGUUUGCAGAAAACUUCACAGAGAAGAAAGCUUGCAAAGAAGCCCCAGGGCCCAUACCGUGGGUGACAGGGACUGCAGAGUGAAGACACGUCACAGGGGAGAGGGGCUUCCAACAAGAGUUUGAAAACUUUAAUGUAGAAGCUGUGUCCCUAAAAAGUCAGUAACGGGGGAACUCUUAAGAUGGCUCCCUGACCCACACAUGUGUGGGGACAUGUGGUUUGCAGCUUGUAGAAAGUGGUUCUUACUCAGCAAGCAGGAACUGAAUGGACUUGCAGGAAAUGGGCUCGAGGUGACAGGCACAGGAGGGCUGCUUUGUCCUAGCCUGUCACUCACCCCUGUGGAGGGCAGAGUGCGCAUACCCACUAAUGACUUCGGCCAUGUGUCCUGUCUCCAUGUCGUCAUCAUGACAUACAGAUAUCAAAUAUCAAAAGUUUAUAAACAAGUCUCUGUGUAUACCUGUUUAUACCUUUUAGAACUUAGGUUUUUUUUUAAAAAGUCGAGCAACCACAGGUUGUGGAGCCUAAUUUUACUAUCCUAGAGAUAAUUGCAGUAAUAAUAUUGAGGAAUUGGCAGGUGACAUGUUGUAGAAAUUUGUCUCACUGUUUUCUUCUGUGAAGAAUGUUGUUUGGACUCUGUGUGCAGCAUUUGCCUUUGGUCUUCCAGCUGAUGGAGUAUUUGAUAUGGACGACUGGGUGCAGUGUUGGCACAGGCAGUGUUCUAGCAUUUUUAGUUUUGAUAAAUACCAUUGCAGGCAAUGGGAUUGUGCUCAAGAACUCUGGUGACUAGGACGGAUGGGUACUAAGCCAAGGCUUCAAACACUUACUGGAAAUGUCUUCAAAUGCAAUAAAAAAAAAAAACAUUUUAAAGACUUGAUUUCUUGAAUAAAUGAUUUAAAGAUA